CGAAAUAUGUAUAUAUAUUUGUAUUUGAUAAUUUAUUAUUGCCGAGUCUACUAUCCAAUAUACCUCUUCGAUAUUAACCUAUAGUUUUGUCGCAUCGCUGGUGUUAAACAGUGCCUACGUUGACGACCCCGUUCAUUAUCUCACAUUCUGGCAAACAAAGCAGAACUGGAUUCCUCAACUUCAUAUUCCCCCCUUCCCACGCCAAAACGAGGACGUCUUAGACGCUUUCUACCUACCCUAUUUACCUACAAACAAACUUCUAAAAUGACGACCUUCGAUAUCGAGAUCGUAUCGGACGUGGUCUGCCCCUGGUGCUACAUAGGCUACCGUCGUCUGCAAAAAGCAAUAGCCAUGUACCGCAAAACCUACCCCGACGGAUCCAAGGAUACCUUCAAUAUCACGUGGAAGCCCUACUUUCUCGACGAGAACCCCCCCGCUACUCCGGUCUCCCGAUGGGAACGCAUGCUUGUCCGCAUUGGACCCGAGCGUGCCCCCGCCAUAGCGGCGCGACUGAAGGGCAUCGCCGCCGGGGAAGGGAUCCUCCUGGCAGAUGACGGCGUAGUGGGCGGCACGGCGCUUUGCCACGUGCUACUGCACCUCGCUGGUACCAUCAGCCUUGAGCAGCAGAACAAGGUGGCCGAGGAGCUAUUCCAUGCCUACUUUGUGGAGGCGAAGGAUAUUUUCAACGCACCCAGUUUGGUGGAGAUCGGAGUUGCAGCGGGGAUGGAUAGAGGUGCCGUUGAGAAGGGCUUGGAGGAUGGAAAGGCGCUGGAGGAAGUGAAGAAAGAGGAGCAAGAGAAUAAGGCCAGACGAGGCAGAGGUGUGCCGCGGUUUUAUCUAGGGGGUAAGACGAUCGAGGGCGCGAAGGACAUGGAGGAAUUUUUUGAGGUGUUCCUCCAGAUCAAGGAGGGGAGAGACGAGCUGCCAUGAGGAGGCUGCGCAAGAUCAGUUCCGGAGGCAGGAAAAUAAUAGGUAUAGUAGUUCUGAGGGAUGAUUGCUGUUCCACUAAUUAGCUUCUGUUUCCAUUUUACAGUUGAGUGGCAACGGAGUUUACCUUGCGGGCG